AUGUCCGAUAUACCGGUAACAAUUAUCAACGAAGAAAUACCCCCAGAGCCAACGGUUCUUCAAAACGAAAAGAUCUACCAAAUACAAGUUGGGUACAAACUAUUCCAACUUUCGGGGCUCCUGCUCUCACUGGACUCGCCGUCGUAUUUCACCCGAUGGUUUGCAUCUCACGGAGCUGACGCAACUUUGUUUUUGGACCGGGACCCGAAAUUAUUUGAAUUGAUCUACAACCAUUUACAAGGCUACCAUGUUACUGUUCAAAACGCUUAUGAAAUGAUGAACUUGUGGCUGGACUCGUUUUACUAUGGGCUCACUCGGCUCCAACGUUUUUUGACUGAAUGCGAUAUCCAUUGCGUGGUGGGAAGCACCCUGUUCAAGAUUCCUCGGGAAUUGUUGGGCCCAGGCAACCUGCCAAACUACUUCACAUUACAGUAUGACAAUUUAUUACAGAACAACGUCCAGAUUAUCGAACAGCGUCAAUUGCUUCGACCUGCACCUCAAGCACCUCCCUGUGUUGCUAACCGACUGGCUCAGCUUUUCAAUGACUUGCUAGAGUGCUUACGAGGAAACUUCUUAGUGGUUACUGAUGACAAGAAGCGGUUGGCUCUUCUCAAAGAGUGUCGUUAUUAUCGGUUUCUUGAGCUUGAGCAGCAUUUGAUCAAACAUAAAGUCAUCAACGACCCGUUUGAACCUCGCCAACAAAUCAUCAUUGAGCUUCGUGAUUUGCAACAAAAAGGCUUAGUUCACUCUGAUCCUGAAUCAUUGGAAGAGCAUGCUAUGGGAUAUCAACGGCCGUUCAUCCAUCGAGAACCUGUACGAACUCUACUCAUGCAGCUUGUGCUGGAUGAUAACCACGUUCAACUUGUACUUAACCGGAAGAUGCCUUUUCCUACUCUUUAUAUUGGGGAUCGGUUUGCGAAGAAAAUGAUUCAAGUGUUCAAGCCAUACCUGACAAAAUUCGAAAUCGAUCAAGCCACCGGCCGCAUUAUCUUCCCUGUGUCACUCAAGACGGCCAAGUGUAUUAUCAAUGGCAUGGAAAUGAGUGAAGACUGGGCCACUGAAUUCAUGAGACCAGGCGGGGAUCAGCUGAAACGUCGUAAAGUCGAAGGUGAUGUGAUGUAUGUCAACUUGACACGGUCAUUGUGGAGAAUAAUCACACGUAAACAGGACACGAGACUUCAUGCUGUUGCGUUGGAAGGGUGCACCAAACAAUCGAGCUUUAUACUGACAUCGAUUGACUUUUUGUAA